CUUGUCACAUACGCUUUAGUUUCUAUCGCAGUAAUGAGAAUAUUAUGAUAGUAAUUCAUAUCCCGUAAUCCGUAAGUGGAUUCAUUUACAUUACUAAAAACAUAUCCGGUUACAACGGUUACAACUGACAGUUGCUGCUUCCACAAUGUACAGUUUACACAUAGCAAGUGGUGUUAAGGAAGAUUGUAGAAAAUUGAUAAACCAAUUUGAAGAAUGCGAUACCGUGAGGUUUCAGGACUUUAGCAGUAUUUGGCAAUCCAUGAAAUUCUCCGCGAUAUUCACGGGUCGUCAAUCUUACGCGGAAAUGCUAGAGUUCUGCGAAGAGGUCCUGCAGAUCGCCAAAGUUUUCAUGUUGCCACCGUAUCGAUUUAAGACUCAAAUCGGUGGGUUGUAUCUACUUUAUGGAUUGUACUACAAGCUACCCUGCAGGAAGAUCAAAAUAAGAGUGACUCUGUCAGAAUGGAAAGAAAUACUUGAGCUUCACAAUUAUAUAAAAGAAGGCAAUCACACCGAUGCCAAUUACAUAUUGUCCAAAAUGAUUUACGAUGACGUGUUUUAUCACUGCGCAUUUCAACGAGAGUACGGCCUAGAGAAGUUUCUUCGUGUCAAAGAAGUACAGACUAAUAAUCAGUACUCACUUUUACCGAUGGUCAGGGACAUGGCAGAACCUGAUCAGAUACUGUCCAAGAUAGAGACUCUUAGCAAAAUUUAUCACCAGGCCAAAUGUGAGAUUUCUAAAGGUAGUCAGCCGAUACGAGCGUUGAACAUGUACGACGCCAAAAUCGCUGAGAAGUUGGUUAAGAAAAUUAAAAACGCAGAAUAUACCAGGCAACAUCCCAUCAGUGACACGAUUGACGAGGAAAAGAUAGCGUGCAGCAGGAAGUCGCUGAAAAAUACCUUGGAGAAGGUUUCUCAGGUCUUCAGGACGAGACCCCUCCCGAUUAUUUUAGCACUGGUUUUCGUUACCUUAGCGAUCGCCGGUCAAUCUAGCGAUUCAUCUUUGCGGCGAAUCAAAAAUAGCGACGAAGAUAUCGAUAACGAUGGAGGCAGAAGUGAGACUCUUCGCCUGGUUACCGCCGUCUUUCGACAUGCUGAACGUACACCUGCAGACACUUACCCAAAUGAUCCUCACAUAAAUGAUACCUUGGCACCUUACGGUUGGGGGCAAUUAACAAAUCCAGGAAAACUCCAAGCUUAUAACGAGGGAUUGUGGCUUCGCAAAAGAUAUCAUAAAUUCCUUGGCGGCAUAUUUAGCCCUGAUAUAUUCUACCUCCAAACAACUGGUGUUGAUCGUGCCAAAAUGUCUGGUCUUCUGACCGCCGCUGGUUUGUGGAAACCUGAAGGACCUCAAAUAUGGAAAUCGAAUCUCUUAUGGCAACCUGUCCCUCUUCAUUAUCAGCCAGUCACUGAAGACACGCUUCUGUUGGUUAGAACUAGCUGUCCUGCUUAUUAUCACGAACUGGAGACUGUGAAAAAUGGCACUGAAUUCCAAAGUGUACUUAACGCCAACAAAGAUCUUUUCGAACAGCUGACCAACUUGACAGGCAUGACAAUAGCCAAUCCUGACGAUGUCAUGUCUCUCUAUGGCACCUUGAGAGCAGAGGCGGAUCUUGGUUUAGAACUACCUGAAUGGACAAAAGAGUAUUUCCCGGAUCGCCUUCUUCCGUUAACAUUGUACAGCUACCUGCCGCUGGUUCAAAAUGAUCUGCUGCGCAGAUUGAAGGGUGGCCCUUUUGUUAAAAAGAUAGUAAACGAUAUGAAAUCGAAAGUGAACGGCACCGAAAAGCAAAAGUUUUUCAUGUACACCGGACAUGAUAGUACCAUUACAAAUUUAUUGGGCACCUUGAAAGUCUGGGAACCACAGAUGCCGGAGUACAGCAUAAUGACCUUGAUUGAACUCCACGAGGAUCAAGGAGAUUGGAACGUUCAGAUUUUUUUGAGAAAUACCACACGAAGAAUGCCUUAUCCACUUACGAUUCCCGGAUGCACGACUGCGUGUCCAUUAGAUCAGUUUGUUCAAUUGUUGACACCUGUUAUACCGAUUGAUUGGGAUGUUGAGUGCCGAUUCGACGACCCGAACUACGUUGCACCUACUCCUCUCCCGCCAUAAAGAAAAAAUCACAGAACUGGACGUUGACAAUUCCACAUUGGACACAACGUUGUAACCUUGUGCUCGAUUUUCAACAUUCGACA